AUGCUAGGUCGAAGAUCCAACUACACUCUCCUUAGCCAGCAGGCAGACGAGCAACAGCAAGCACCGCCAGCAUACUACGAGGCCUCUCUCUCAGGUGACUCAAAAAACAACAAACUAACAACAAAGCAAGAGAGAAGCUUCUUGGAUUGGGAGCCUGAUCAUCGAGUAAUAGCAAAUCAGCAGCAAGGAAACAGUAAUCGAAUUGGUUUGUAUUCAUCAUCAGCAGCGAUCGGAUUGCAAAGGCAAUCGAGUGGCAGUAGUUUCGGUGAGAGUUCCUUAUCGGGAGAGUAUUACCCGCCGACGACUCUGUCAACGGGCGGAGGAAAUGAGAUUGAUCAGGCUUUUGGGUACGAGGAUGGGAAUUUUAUGAGGGCAGCGGCCAGACCUUCUGUGGAUGUAUUUGCCAAUGGAUCGUCGGGGAAGAGUUGGGCGCAGCAAACCGAGGAAAGCUAUCAGUUACAGUUGGCUUUGGCUUUGAGAUUGUCGUCCGAGGCCACCUGUGCUGAUGAUCCAAAUUUUCUGGAUCCAGUUCCGGAUGAAUCAGCCUUGCGCUCCUCUACCUGUAACUCGCCAGAGGCUUUGUCUCAUCGGUUUUGGGUGAAUGGUUGCUUAUCGUACUUUGACAAAAUUCCCGAUGGAUUUUACCUAAUUUACGGAAUGGAUCCAUAUGUGUGGACUGUGUGCACCGAUUUGCAAGAGAAUGGUCGUAUUCCAUCAAUUGAAUCACUAAAGUCUGUUGAUCCCAAUGCUGAUUCUUCAAUGGAAGUGGUUUUGAUUGAUUGCCGUAGUGAUCCGAGCUUAAAGGAACUUCAAAAUAGGGUCCAUGGCAUUUCUUGUAACUGUAUAACAACAAAAGAAGUAGUUGAUCAGCUGGCAAAGCUUGUUUGCAAUCGGAUGGGGGGGGCAGCCAGCGGAGGUGAAGAUGAUUUCAUUUCCAUCUGGAAGGAAUGCAGUAAUGAUCUCAAAGAUUGCUUAGGAUCUGUUGUGGUGUUAGCUGACUCUAUUGAUUUACCGUGUCGAAUUGCGAAGGGUUGCAAAUAUUGUAAAAGAGAUGAUGCUUCCUCCUGUCUUGUUCGGUUCGGGCUUGACAGUCAAGAUCUUCUUGGGAGUCUGGGCUCUGGGGAGUAUCUAGUUGACUUAGUUGGGACGCCUGGUUGUUUAUGCGAGCCCGAUUCCUUGCUCAAUGGUCCUUCUUCCAUCUCAAUUUCUUCACCAUUGCGCUUUCCUCGAAUCAAAUCAGCUGAACCUACCGUUGAUUUCAGGUCAUUGGCCAAACAAUAUUUCUUGGACUGCCAAUCACUUAAUCUUGUAUUUGAUGAUGCUUCAGCAGGUACUGUUCAUGAUGGUGAAGGUCCUGGAUUUUCCAUGUAUCCUAAACAAAUUGACAGGACAGGCUUAGAAAGAAAUAACCCCGUACAACUCUCGAAUAACAGCAACGAAAUUUCUCAGUUACCUAAGCCACCGAAAUUUAGCCGGAUGACCGGCCAAGAUAGAAAUGCCCAACUUUUUAAAUUGUAUAAUCCUUCCCAGAAUGCGAAACAAUCAAUUAACGUGGUCAGAGAUCCAAUCCCGUUAAAGCAAAUUCCACCAGUUGUGCAUAGAGACAUCCAGACAGUUAUAUCAUUGUCUGAUCAAAGCGUUGAUGCCAGUAAAGAUUCAAUGUUUUCUGACGGUAUUCAACUGGCUUCUGGUAAAACAAAUAAAGAACUGUCACUUUAUGUGGAGGAUUUGGAUAUUCCUUGGAGUGAUCUUGUUUUAAAAGAGAGAAUUGGAGCAGGUUCUUUUGGAACUGUCCAUCGUGCUGAUUGGCAUGGCUCGGAUGUUGCUGUGAAAAUUCUCAUGGAGCAAGAAUUUCAUGCUGAACGCUUCAAGGAAUUUCUGAGGGAGGUUGCAAUAAUGAAACGCUUGCGGCAUCCAAAUAUAGUUCUUUUUAUGGGUGCAGUUACUCAGCCCCCAAACUUAUCCAUAGUGACAGAAUAUUUAUCAAGGGGUAGCUUGUAUAGGCUUUUGCAUAAGUCAGGUGCAAAAGAGGCAUUGGAUGAAAGGCGCCGGUUGAGUAUGGCUUAUGAUGUGGCAAAGGGUAUGAAUUAUCUUCACAAACGUAAUCCUCCCAUUGUCCAUAGAGAUCUAAAAUCUCCUAACCUUUUGGUUGACAAAAAAUAUACAGUGAAGGUUUGUGAUUUUGGGCUUUCUCGUUUGAAAGCAAACACAUUUCUUUCAUCAAAGUCAGCAGCAGGGACUCCUGAGUGGAUGGCACCUGAAGUUCUUCGUGAUGAACCAUCAAAUGAGAAGUCUGACAUAUACAGCUUUGGCAUAAUCUUGUGGGAGCUAGCAACAUUGCGGCAACCUUGGAGCAAUUUAAAUCCAGCACAGGUUGUGGCAGCUGUUGGUUUCAAGGGCAAAAGGCUUGAGAUUCCACGGGAUUUAAAUCCUCAAGUGGCUGCUUUAAUUGAGGCAUGCUGGGCCAAUGAACCAUGGAAACGACCUUCGUUUGCCAGUAUCAUGGAAUCUUUGAGGUCAUUGAUUAAACUUCCCGCACCCCAACCUGGUCGUGCAGACAUGACUUUGCUUGCCUAA